AUGAUGCGCAAAAAGCGACGCGCUUCGGUAGAAAAAGGAGAAGGAACAACUACAACAACCAAAGCCAAGAAGAGCUGCAGCACAGGUCGUCAGCCUAAAGAGGUGGCUGUUCCAGAGGAAAUAAAUCAAAGUGUUUUUGGAGAAUUUGUGAGGGAGGCAGGUGUCACCUUGAAAAACGAUGGCACAUCCAACGAGAUUGCUGUUGACCAGGUCGUUUUUCAGAAGCGGAUACAGCAGCAGCUACAGAAGAGCCCCAGGUAUCCCGGUAUCCUGCAGGAGUUCAUGACUGGACUGGAGGCUUAUAUUGAGAAUCCCGACAGGUUUAGGAGCUGCCUCCUGCCGUGUGUUCCACGGCUGUCUGAUCGGGACUCCAGUUCUGUUAGCUCUUUCCAGGAAAGCCUACUGAGAAUGUUACUGGGCAAUGAAAUGCUGCAGACUUUCAUCAUCACCACUUUGCUUGAGAAAGUCCCUGAGUUUAUGCUUGAAGGGUCAGUUCUAGAUCUGCUGGUUCUGUUCAUCCUCCACUCCACCAACGCUAACCAGAGCCGACGGGGGGCCGAGCGAGUCCUGAAGCUCAAAGUGAGGACCGGACUGCUCCAGGAGGCUCUGCUGCAGAAAACCUUCAGAGACUUCUCUCAGGUGAUGCGAGGGUACUUCCCCUCCAUCCUGGCUCUCGCUCAGAGUUUGUUGCGCUCUCCGGACCCCUGCGUGGUGCCUUUUGGUGGGCACAUGUACCGACACUCAUUUACUGCAUUUGACCCUUAUUGCCAACAGGAGGUUGUGGGAUCUCUGGUGACCCACGUGUGCAGCGGUGUGGGCGGGGAGGUGGACACGGCUCUGGAUCUCCUCUGUGCUCUGGUUGUGGAGAAGCCCUCUGAGAUGGCUCUUUAUGCUGUUUUUGUUAAGGGGAUCUUGGACUACAUGGACAACCUCACACCCCAGCAGAUACGAAAACUCUUCCACCCUCUCAGCAAAUUGGCGUUUGGGCAGCAGCAGCAAGGGUCGCACAUCCAGGACGAUAUGCACAUCGUGAUCCGUAAGCAGCUCUCCAGCACUGUGCCCAAAUACAAGCGAAUAGGCAUCAUUGGUGCUGUGAUGAUUGUAGGCAGCAUGGGAGCUCUUAGGCCUGAAGGAAAGGAUUCACAAGAUGGCUCCUUGUCUCAGGAAACACUGAGACAGGUCACAGCUCUGUUGGAGCUGGUGAAGUCGAGCAGCGGCAGCUCCCCUGAGGCUGCAGCUCUGUACUAUGACGAACUGGCCAACCUGCUGUGGAGCUCUGCACUAGACCCACAGGUGCAGGAAAUGAUUGGAACGAGCGUUCUGGAUGACUUCCAAGAUGACUUUGUGGUGGACCUCGGGCCAGAUAUAACAGGUUCCUUCCCCCUUCCAGCCCAUGUGAUGUACAAUCUGGAUGAGGAGGAGAGUCAGGGGUGCAUCGCCAUCAACCUGCUGCCUCUGCUGGCCAAAGAAACCCAAAACAAAGGCGAGCAGCAGACUCAAACCAGCAAAUCACCAAAGCAAGUGUCUCCUCUGUGCUUAUCUCCAUUUUUUCGCCUCCUGAGGCUUUGUGAGGAGAAGCAACAUCAGGGAGACCUGGAUGAGAUUGAUGCACUUUUGGGAUGCCCAAUGAUCUUGACAAACUUGGAUGUUGUGGAGAAAGUCGAGAGCCUGUCAAAAGCUCAGAGGGAGCUCUUCUGUUCGUUGCUUUUUCACACCAUCAACUGGUUCAGAGAGGUUGUAAAUGCGUUCUGCAAACAAAAAGAAACCGAGAUGAAGAUGAAAGUGAUGACUCGCCUGCAGAACAUCACGUAUCUGCAGACGCUGUUGGAGAGGGCUCUUGCAGCAACUCCUGGUUACGUUCCACCUGUUUCCAACUUUGAUGGAGAGAGCGCAGACGGGAUCGCACAAAGUUUUACUGUUCCUGUGACCAAAGCUAAGAAAAAUGGUGCAGGAAGGAAGAGGAAGGCUCCUGGUAAGAAUUCAUUAGAAGGAAGCUCUCAGUCUGAGGAGGCAGCUGAAGCAGAUGAAACUCAGCAGGAGCAGCCUGAAAAGGAGAAAGAAAAGGAGAUCCGUCCAGGCGUCAGUUUGACCGCCUACAGGCCGUUUUUCAGAGAGCUGGACUUGGAGGUGCUCGGCGUUCUGGAGUGUGGUCUGCUGUCGCGCUCGCUGCUGGACUCGGAGCUUCACACCAAGGUGCGAGAGGAUGUGCUGCUGGGUCCCGGUGAGCUCGUCUUCCUGCUGGAGGAUAUGCUUUGCAAGCUGGAGUUCAGUCUUACAGCUGCCACUGCUAGGAGAGCCCCUUUCCUCAAGGCCAGGGCUGAUAAAAGCAUAGGCUUCUCCCACCUCCAGCAAAAGAGCUCCAAAGACAUCACCUCCUAUUGUGUCCACCUGUUGCCUGCCCUCUGCACACACUUGGAGAACUGCCACAACCGUUUCCAGGCUGUGAUGUCUGAGAACCAUGGAGUUGUGGACGGGCCAGCUACAGAUGUGCAGGAGCAUCAGUUUAUGUCUUCAGCUUACCAGCUGCUCUUGCAGGUCCUGAACACUACAUUUAGCUGGUCUGGAUUCAGUCAGCCGGGCCAGAGGAACUUAUUGAAGAAGGCUUUGGGGGUUUUGGCUGGACGACUUAAAGAGGGAGGUCCUGAUCUGACCCUGGAGCAGCUUGUGAAAUAUAGUUUUGACUACCUGCUGAACUUCCGCAGCACAAUGCCAAGCCUCAGCACAGCUCUGUCUCUCUCCCAGCUUCUGUCCACAGUGGCAGAGAAAAGAGGGAAUCCAGCCGCCUACAGAGAGCAGACCGCUUCCCUCGCUCGACAUUUUCUGAGCCAAGUCUGGGUGACAGCGAGCGGAGAGAAGGAGCGAGGGCACAAGUUCAAUGAGGCUCUCCACACUGUUCUAAGCCUCUACCUGGAGCAUGUUGAUGAUGUUCUGAAGACGGUGGAGGAAAUAGCUGGAAAAGGAAUCCCUGAGCUACUUAAUGCAUCCAAAGAGGAAAACUCUGCAUCCUGGCCUACUCUCAACAGGCAGACAUUCCUGGUGUUUUACAAAGUGAUGAUGGCAGAGUUGGAGAAAGCUGCCAGAAAGAUUCCUGCUGGCAACAUGAGUGACAGCUCUGAGACUCAAAGUGAGAAACUGCUGACAUGGAACUUGGCUGUCAGAGACUUUCACAUCUUGGUCAACCUGGUGAAGGUGUUUGAUUCCAGGCCAGUACUUAACGUGUGUUUAAAGUAUGGACGACUUUUUCUGGAGUCAUUCCUGAAGUUGGGGAUGCCGCUACUAGACUACAGUUUCAAAAGGCACAAGGAGGAUGUCCAGAGUUUGCUGAAAACCUUCCAGCUCAGCACUCGGCAGCUACACCACAUGUGCGGCCACUCCAAGAUUCAUCAGGAUACCAGCUUGACCAACCAUGUGCCGGCUUUGAAGAAGAGCCUGGAGCUGUUUGUGUACAGAGUGAAGGCCAUGCUCAUGCUCAACAACUGCCAGGAGGCCUUUUGGAUGGGAAACCUGAAGAAUCGGAACCUGAAGGGUGAAGAGAUUCUUUCUCAGAGGUCACAAGGAAGUGACGAUGAUGAGGACGAUGACGAAGAGGAGGAGAACCAGAGGUUACCACCACAGCAGGAAGAGUCAGAGGAUGAGGACCAAGAGAGUGACUGAGGAAAUUCCCAAAAAGAAACAAAACCAA